GAUAAUAGUCACCUGCGGUACAGCAUGAGUGAAUAUACAAACUCUGUACAUUUUGAAAUAUAUAUUGUGUUAAGGUAACCAAUUCGAUUUUGUAAUAUCAUGAUUCUCAUCUAGGCUAGGAACUUGCUUUUAACGGCAGAUGAUUGCUUAUUCUACCCUUUAUUUACCGAACUUGAACUCGGCAAGAAAUCAUUACCAAAACCAUGCCCUCAAUAUUCAACCGAACCCCAGUCGAAGUAAGACAAAAAACCGAAAUCGAUCUUCUCAGGCGAAAAGUCACAGCACUAGAAAAGGAAAUUUCGGCAGAGAAGAAGAAUGUAGCUAGUUAUGUCAAGGUUGAAAAAGAUACUCUUGCCACCUGGAGGAAGUAUGUAGAGAAUUUAUUUAGGGGUCUGAGAGAGGAUUAUGCGAAUCUACAAGAGAGUUUGGAACGGACGGAAGCGAAUUAUAGGAAUAAAAUGGGAUCGCCUAGGUAUGAAAGAGAGGGGGUUGAAAGUAGUGGGGUUGGUAGAGAUGAUGAUCGGGGAGUGAAUGGUUAUGGAGCUCAGAGGAGUGAAACUGGCAGAGAUAGCAAUCGCGAUGAAGAUAAUUACGGUGUGCGAGGAAAUCAACGAGGACAGACGGGAGGUGUCAGAAGUUUCCAGACAAAGCCGGAGGGAGUCCGUGGAAAUCAAUGGUCACAGGGUGAUCGCGGACCGAAUGAUCAGGGAAUAAAUGAUGAUCAAUCAAGUCGGAAUGACAGUGGAAGUCAAGAAGAUCAAACGGAAAAGUUUGAGUCCGAGGCUCAAGAAGAUUCGGGCUUUGGGAAUGGAGGAGUCGAAUAAGUUCAAGAGAACGUACAAUGGGGAAAGUGAGAUGAAGAUAAAAAAAGAAGAUCAGGCGGCUAAGAAGACUAAGGUUGCAGACACAGAGUCGGCUUGGGAAUUAGAUAGAGGAUUGUAAAAGGUGGCUCUAGUUCAAUAUUUGGUAGAAAUAUUUCCCA